AUUUGAAAUUGACCAGCUUGGCUCCACUUGAUUAGCCGGGUUAAACCGAAGAAGCCGAAAGGAAACAAUUUAGUUUACUUCAGUGAAGAGCCGAAGAUUCGCAAGAGUUACCGCUACUUUUUCUUUUUCCUGACGGGGUAAAAAUUAGAAUCAUUCUCUGAUCUCAUCUCAGUCAUCCGCCAACAAAACCAUCAGACAAGCAAGGAUCGACGUUGAACAAGAAAUCUCCCAUCUAGCUUAUUCGUGAAGGUCGCCAAUAAUGGUGGCGACAAAGCCCAACGCUUCUACUCCUAUUACAGGCAAAAUGAGUCCGCGCAUUUGGUUUUACUCCAUUUUGCUCAGUCUUCAAUACGGAGCGCAGCCACUUAUCUCCAAGCGCUUCACCAGACGGGAAGUAAUUGUAACGUCGUCAGUCUUGAUAUGUGAAAUAGCAAAGGUUUUAUGUGCUAUAAUUCUCAUGGCGAAAGAUGGUAGCAUAAAGAGACUGGCGAAGGAAUGGACUUUGAUGGGUUCACUUACUGCAUCGGGUCUUCCUGCUGCAAUUUAUGCACUUCAAAAUAGCUUGUUGCAAAUAUCUUACAGGAACCUGGAUUCGCUUACUUUCUCAAUGCUGAACCAGACAAAAAUAUUUUUCACUGCCUUAUUUACAUAUAUCAUACUGAGGCAAAGGCAGUCAAUUCAACAAACUGGGGCUCUGUUUUUGUUGAUCAUGGCAGCUGUUCUUCUAAGUAUCGGUGAAGGUUCUAGCAAAGCUUCUAGCACUGGUGAUCCUGAGCAAAUUCUAUUUUACGGAAUAGUACCUGUUUUAGUUGCUUCUGUACUUUCUGGUCUGGCUUCUGCAUUAUGUCAAUGGGCUUCUCAGGUCAAGAAGCACUCAUCAUACUUGAUGACUGUAGAAAUGUCUAUUGUUGGAAGUUUGUGCUUACUGGCUAGUACCUCUAAGUCUCCAGAUGGAGAAUCUAUCAGACGCCAUGGAUUCUUUUAUGGUUGGACUCCACUAACUUUGAUUCCGGUUGUAGCCAAUGCUGUCGGUGGGAUUCUUGUUGGCCUUGUCACCAGCCUUGCAGGUGGCGUGAGAAAGGGGUUUGUCAUUGUUUCAGCACUUCUUGUAACAGCGAUGCUGCAGUUCCUGUUUGAAGGAAAACCUCCAUCAGUAUAUUGUCUCGUGGCUCUUCCACUUGUCAUUAGUAGCAUUUCAAUAUACCAGAAAUAUCCGUACAAAGUCAAAAAGAAGGAAGCCUAAUAACACCUGUAGGCAGGUAAGGGAAUUUCUCAUAGUGACCCCAAUUAUUAUAGUUUACAUUUGUUUUUCCCAAGUUCUACAGGGAGGGUUUACAGGAAUUUUAAAUGUAUGCAAAUGAAGAAGGCAUUUUAUACCUGCUUGAAUUUGGGAAGUUAAAGAAAACCCAAGGCUUUGAUGCAAUUCUUACCUUUUGGAGCAGUAUAAAGUUGUAUGAAUUAUGAAUUGAAUAAUCAUGUAUGUGAUUGUGAAGUAAUUGAGAAGAUCUAUAGAAUUCUUUUUAAUGAGAAGAAAAUACAUAGUUAUGGA